AUUGUUUACAUCGGUAGUUUUCAAUAAGCACUUUGCAAUCAUUGCAUGUUGUAAAUUUGUUUAGUAAGAUUAGAUACUUAAGAAUCGCAUAAUGACUACAACGGCCACACCGAUGGCUGCAGUUGAUCUGCUGCAGCAAGCUCUUAACUCAAAUAUCAUUCCAAAUCAAGAAUAUUUGCUACAGGGAUCUAUUCUGGAUUCGGCCACAGAGCAUUUGCUGCACCGAUUGCGUGGGUUGUGUGAUAAUGUCGAUACUGGACCGGAAGCUUUUUCCGACUACGAGAUGUGUCUCAGCUUGAAGGUGCCAAAUGAGAAGACGCCAGUUAUGACCGUUCGGGUACGCAAAGCACAGGACACAGAUGCUCCCUAUCAGCUGCGAUACAUCGGCCAGCCGGAGCUUGGCGACCGCAAUCGCCCAACAUUGGUUCGAAGCAGCUUGGACAUUGCCUGCACACCACACGUGGUUGACUUCUUGACUGAGAUGGGCUUUCGGGUCGACUUCGAGUACAUCACUAAAGGCUACAUGUUCCGCAAGGGGCGAAUGAAGGUUACCGUGUCGAAGAUCUUCAAAGUCAACAGCUCGGAACCGAUCUCGCAAAGCUACCUGGUUGAGCUGUCCGUGUUAGCCCCGACCGGGCAGGACGUCAUCGCUGACGAUAUGCGAAUUUUCGCCGAACAACUGAAACCGCUGGUUCAGCUGGAGAAGAUCGACUACAAACGAUUCGCGCAGAUGCCCUAAAUCAUGCUUCACGACGACUUUCAUUAAUUUGGCAACAUGUGCCGCUUAAGAAGACAUUAAACUGUAAUUAACCGAAA